ACCGCGCGACCUGCUCUCCUCCCACGGGCGGAGCGGGCCGGUUUAAAUACCUUGGUAGGAUGCUUCAUCCGGUGGAAGGAUAGUUCAACCCUAAGCAGUUUACCUGUCCCGUCCCGCUAUCUCGUGGAGUAACGUAUACCCAGACAACUGUGUAGGAUAGACUACAUCCCGAGUCCAUCAUCUACCGGAGAAAGACUAACCUUUGAGACCGACCCUCCAAUCACAGACGACCUUCCUGUCACCGACGACGACCUUCCCAAGAUGGCUGCCGACUCCGCCUCUGACGACAGCAAGUUCCUGCGGCAGGAUGACGACUUCAGGAACAGUGGUGUGGGGCAGGCUGAUUGGUCGGCCAAGAAGAUGGUGUGGAUCCCGUCAGAGAAGGAGGGGUUUGAGGCCGCCAGCAUCAAGGAGGAGAAGGGAGACGAUGUGCUGGUAGAGUUGGCUAACGGUAGGAAAGCGACAGUCAACAAGGAUGAUAUCCAGAAGAUGAACCCUCCUAAGUUCAGUAAGGUGGAGGACAUGGCAGCUCUGACCUGUCUCAACGAGGCCUCUGUCCUCCACAACCUCAAAGAGAGGUACUUCUCCAGCCUCAUCUACACGUAUUCAGGUCUGUUCUGUGUGGUGGUGAACCCCUAUAAGAUGCUUCCUAUCUACUCAGAGAAGAUCAUUCAGAUAUAUAAGGGGAAGAAACGCCACGAGGUUCCUCCUCAUAUCUACUCCAUCACUGAUAACGCUUACAGGAACAUGAUGCAAGAGCGUGAGGACCAGUCAAUUCUGUGCACAGGUGAGUCUGGAGCAGGGAAGACAGAGAACACAAAGAAGGUGAUCCAGUAUCUGGCGGUGGUGGCUUCCUCUCACAAGGGCAGCAAGAAGGACACUGGAGCUGGGGAGCUAGAGAAGCAGCUGUUGCAGGCUAACCCCAUACUGGAAGCCUUCGGGAACGCCAAGACCAUCAAGAAUGACAACUCCUCACGAUUCGGCAAGUUUAUUAAGCUCAACUUUGACGUGACCGGAUUCCUGGUUGGAGCCAACAUCGAUACCUACCUGCUGGAGAAGUCUCGCUGUAUCCGCCAAGCCAAGAUAGAGAGAGCCUUCCAUAUCUUUUACUACAUGGUGGCCGGAGCGAAGGACCAACUAAAGGAGGAGCUGUUACUGGAGGAUUUCGGGGCCUACCGGUUCCUGGUGGCAGGUCACGUGGAGGUGCCUGGUCAGGAAGAUGAUCAGAUGUUCAUAGAAACACUGGAGGCCAUGGAGAUCAUGGGUUUCUCUGAGGACGAGAGGACAGGCAUGAUGAAGGUGGUCUCCACUGUGCUCCAGCUGGGGAACAUUAAGUUCAACAAGGAGAGGAACAAUGAGCAGGCCACCAUGCCCGACAACACAGCGGCUCAGAAAGUGUGCCACCUGCAGGGUAUCAACGUGACAGACUUCACCCGUUCCGUCCUCACCCCCCGUAUCAAGGUGGGCAGAGAGGUGGUGCAGAAGGCUCAGACCAAGGAGCAGGCUGACUUUGCCAUCGAGGCCCUAGCGAAGGCCAUGUAUGAGCGGUUGUUCAGGUGGAUCCUGGCCAGGGUGAAUAAGACUCUGGAUAAGGCCAAACGUAAAGGAGCAUCAUUCCUGGGGAUCCUAGACAUCGCUGGCUUUGAAAUCUUUGAGGACAACUCGUUUGAGCAGCUGUGCAUCAACUACACCAACGAGCGUCUGCAGCAGCUGUUCAACCACACCAUGUUCAUCCUGGAGCAGGAGGAGUACAAGAGAGAGGGGAUCGACUGGGCCUUCAUAGACUUCGGCCUGGACCUGCAGCCCUGCAUCGAGCUCAUCGAGAGACCGAACAAUCCUCCAGGUAUCUUGGCUCUGUUGGAUGAGGAGUGCUGGUUCCCUAAAGCCACAGACUUGUCCUUCGUUGAGAAGCUGAUGAACACACACACGUCCCACUGCAAGUUCUCCAAACCCAAAUCACUCAAAGACAAGACUGCCUUCUCUGUUCUCCACUACGCCGGCAAGGUGGACUACAAUGGGGCCAACUGGCUGACUAAGAACAUGGACCCUCUGAAUGACAACGUGACGGCUCUCCUCAACAACUCAUCCAACCCCUUCAUACAGGACCUCUGGAAGGAUGUGGACCAUGUGGUGGGUCUGGAGACCAUUACCAAGAUGUCAGAGAGCUCGGCCCCCAGCGCCACCAAGUCUAAGAAGGGCAUGUUCAGGACAGUGGGCCAGCUCUACAAGGAAUCCCUGGGCAAACUGAUGACCACGUUGAACAACACACAGCCCAACUUCAUACGCUGUAUCAUCCCCAACCACGAGAAGAGGGCAGGGAAGCUGGAUGCUAACCUGGUUCUGGAACAGUUGAGGUGUAACGGGGUUCUAGAAGGGAUCCGUAUCUGCAGACAGGGCUUCCCCAACCGCAUCGUGUUCCAAGAGUUCCGACAACGCUAUGAGAUCCUAGCAGCCAACUGCAUCCCAAAGGGUUUCAUGGACGGGAAACAGGCUUGUCAACUAAUGAUGAAGCACCUGGACCUGGACCCUAAUCUGUUCCGUAUUGGUCAGAGUAAGAUGUUCUUCAGAACAGGAGUGUUAGCCCAGCUGGAGGAGGAGAGGGACCUUAAACUGACCGUGGUCAUCAUCGCCUUCCAGGCCCACGCUAGGAGCUUCCUGUCGCGCCGAGCGUUUAGUAAGCGUCAAGCCCAGCUGACUGCUAUGAAGGUGAUUCAGAGGAACUGUGCCGUCUACCUGGUCCUGAAGAACUGGCAGUGGUGGAGGCUGUUCACCAAGGUGAAGCCCCUCCUCCAGGUGACGCGACAGGAAGAAGAAAUGGGUCAGAAGGAGGAGGAGCUGAAGUCCGCCAAGGAUCUGGCUCAGAAGAGCCAGGUGGAACUGAAGGAGAUCUCCCAGAAACACACACAGGUAGUAGAGGAGCGAGCUAAACUGGAGCAGAAGCUUCAGGCGGAGACAGAGUUGUAUGCUGAGGCAGAGGAGAUGAGGGUUCGUCUGGAGGUCAAGAAGCAGGAGCUGGAGGAGGUGCUCCAUGAGAUGGAGUCGCGGCUGGAGGAGGAGGAGGAGAGAGCCACACAGCUGCAGCAGGAGAGGAAGGACAUGCAACAGCAACUACAGGCCAUGGAGGCCCAUCUGUCAGAGGAGGAGGACUCUCGUCAGAAGCUGCAGCUGGAGAAGGUGACUGUUGAGGGGAAGGUCAAGAAACUGGAGGAGGAUGUUGUCAUCAUGGAGGACCAGAAUAACAAACUACUCAAGGAGCGUAAACUGUUGGAGGAGAGAAUAGCAGACUCCAGCUCUAACCUGGCUGAGGAAGAGGAGAAGUCUAAGAACCUGACCAAGCUGAAGAACAAACAUGAGUCUAUGAUCUCAGACCUGGAGGUGCGUAUGAAGAAGGAGGAGAAGGGCAGGCAGGAUGUGGAAAAGGCCAAGAGGAAGCUGGAGACGGAGCUGGCUGAUCUCCAGGAGCAGCUGGCCGACCUGCAGGCCCAGCUAGCCGAGCUCAGAGCACAGCUCGCCGCCAAGGAGGAGGAGCUACUGGCCACUCAGGCCAGGUUGGAAGAGGAGUCUGCUGGAUGUGUUGCUGCGGUGCGUCGAGUCAGGGAGCUGGAGGGGCUGCUAGGUGAGAUCCAGGAGGACCUGGAGUCAGAGGGGGCUGCCAGGAGGAGGGCUGAUGCAGCCUGCAGAGACCUGGGAGAGGAGCUGAACGCUCUGAGGUCUGAGCUGGAAGACACUCUGGACACCACCGCCGCACAGCAGGAGCUACGGACGAAGCGAGAGCAGGAGGUUGCCGUGUUGAAGAAGGUGAUGGAGGAGGAAGGGAGGAACCAUGAAGCUCAGGUCCAGGAGAUGAGACAGAAACACACACAGACUGUUGAGGAACUGUCUGAACAACUGGAGCAGGCCAAGAGGGUGCGAGCCAGUCUGGAGAAGGCUAAGCAGGGAUUGGAGAAGGAGUCAUCUGACCUCAGCGCAGACCUCCACUCAUUGGCCAACGCCAAGCAGGAGGUGGAGCACAAGAGGAAGAAGAUCGAAGGUCAGCUGUCAGACUUGCAGUCGCGCUACAACGACAGCGAGAGACAGAGGGGGGAGCUGGGAGAACGAGUCUCUAAGUUGACCUCUGAGUUGGACAGUGUGAGCGGUCUGCUGAAUGAGGUGGAGGGGAAGAACAUUAAACUGAGUAAAGACCUGGUCAGUCUGGGGUCCCAGCUACAUGACUCUCAGGAGUUGUUGUCAGAGGAGACUCGUCAGAAGCUGAACCUGUCAGGUCGUCUUCGCCAGACAGAGGAAGACAGGAACAACCUUCUAGAACAGCUGGAGGAAGAGACAGAGGCCAAGAGAGGAGUGGAGAGACAGGCCUCCAGCCUCAACAUGCAGCUGUCUGACUGUAAGAAGCAUCUGGAUGAGCAGCAGGGAACAGUGGAACUCCUGGAAGAGGGGAAGAAACGCCUGCAGAGAGACCUGGAGGCUGCCAACUCACAGUAUGAGGAGAAGGUGUGUGUCUAUGAUAAACUGGAGAAGAACAGGAUCAGACUACAGCAGGAACUGGAGGACAUUCUGAUGGACCUGGACAACCAGAGAACCUUGGUCUCCAACCUGGAAAAGAAACAGAGGAAGUUUGACCAGAUGCUAGCAGAGGAGCGUUCCAUCUCCGGUAAGUAUGCUGAGGAGCGUGACCGAGCGGAGGCGGAGGCCAGAGAGAAGGAGACGCGGGUGCUGGCUCUGGGGAGGGCCUUGGAGGAGAUGCAGGGCUCCCUGGAGGAGCAGGAGAGAAGCAACAAGGCCCUCAGGGCAGAGAUGGAGGACCUGGUCAGCUCCAAGGACGAUGUCGGGAAGAACGUCCAUGAGUUGGAGAAGACAAAGCGAGGUCUGGAGGCGGUGCUGGAUGAGAUGCGGACCCAGAUGGAGGAGCUGGAGGACGAGCUACAGGUCGCGGAGGAUGCUAAGCUACGUCUGGAGGUCAACACGCAGGCCAUGAAGACACAGCAUGACAGAGACCUGCAGGGACGAGACGAACAAGGAGAGGAGAGGAGGAGACAACUGCUAAAACAGGUGCGUGAGCUGGAGGGUGAGCUGGAGGAGGAGAAGCAGCGUGCGGGGGCGACAGCAGGGAGGAAGAAGCUGGAAGGAGAGGUGAAUGAUCUGGAGGACCAGGUGGAAGCCACCAGUAGGGGGCGUGACGAGGCCGUCAAACAGCUGCGCAAGAUACAGGCCCAGAUGAAGGAGCUCCAGAGGGAGGUGGAGGAUUCCCGUGCAGCCCAGAAGGAGGUACUGUCCUCAGCCAGGGAGUCAGAGAGGAGAGCCAAGACCCUGGAGGCCAGCUUCAUGCAGCUACAGGAGGACUUGGCUGCGGCAGAGAGGGCUCGUAAGCAGGCCGAGACAGAAAGAGAUGAGAUGUCUGAGGAUCUGGCCAGCAACUCUGGGAAGUCUAUGAUGUCCGAUGAGAAGCGUCGUCUGGAGGCUAAGAUCAGUCAGCUGGAGGAAGAGCUGGAGGAGGAGCAGGUCAACAUGGAGAACCUCCACGACCGCCUCCGGAAGACACAGCAACAGGUGGACCAGUUGAGCAGUGAGCUGCAGGCUGAGCGUAGUUCCUCCCAGAGCAGUGAGGGCGCCAGACAGCAGCUCGAGAGGCAGAACAAGGAUCUGAAGGUCAAGCUACAGGAGAUGGAGGGUCAGGGGAGGUCAAAGUUCAAAUCCUCCAUCGCCGCCCUGGAGGCCAAACUACACCAGCUGGAGGAGCAGCUGGAGCUGGAGAACAGAGAGAGACAGACCAGCGCUAAAGCAACACGUCAGAAAGAGAAGAAACUGAAGGAUCUGACCAUCCAGAUGGAGGAAGACAGGAAACAGGCAGAGCAGCACAAGGAC